AUGUCCUACAUGCUUCCGCAUCUACACAAUGGCUGGCAGGUAGACCAGACCAUCCUUUCGGAGGAGGACUGCGUGGUCGUCAUUUGCUUUGGAGGCGUCGGAGGCCCCACUUGCAUGAAGAUGGACGAAGUUCUGUACAGCAUCACCGAAACAACAUGGAAGAUAGUGAGAGAUCUUCCUCAUCUUGUAUGA